UUAAUUCCAACUUUAAAUAGUCACAUCCCAAGACCCCAUUAUUUUACACUUGUCGUCUUGCAGUGGUCGCGUUUGUGUUGGUCAAACCAUCGUCUCGUCUGCUUCCUAGGAUGUUGGACCUCCAAGAGCUCCUCAACAACAUCGCGUCCAACAGCACCCACUACCGACUAGAGCACCCCUCGAACUUCGUCUUAGUACCAGCCGUGAUCACCAUCCUCUUCGGUGCCACCGCGGACAUCCUCAUCAUCUCCACGAUUCUUAAGUCCAGACGAUGGACCUCGAUAUUCAGUUUCUACAUCUUGAACUGGUGCAUCUGCGACGCUAUGCUUCUGCUGCUCCAACCCAUCACCUACACCGCUAUUUUUUCGAUUAACUACGUCACCCAUAAGGUGGCGAUGUGCUGGUUGGGGUCCAUCGUCGCCAUCACCAUAGGUAACUACCUCUUCGUGGCCGCCCUCACCAUGGACUGGCUCUACUCCAACUUCUUUGAAGCUUGCGCUGAGAAAGUCCGACGGUUCAACAGGUACCAAACCUCCGCGAUUUGGCUUAUCGUCGUGAUUUUGGUCAUCUACGUCUGCAAUGUUUCUAUUCUUGAGAAAACGUCGCUUUGGAUUUUCGCGAUUACGACGAUUUCUUUGAUUAUGUACUGUAUUGUACAGAUUUUGUGGUUUAUUAAGAGGAAGACGUCCAGCGGGGAUAGUGAGCAGUCGAAUUUGGCUUUGGCGAUGGUUUCGGUGUAUUUUAUUUGCUGGAUUCCGAAUUACUUGAUACAGGGGAUUAAAGCUUUCGAGGAUUAUCGGUACGUGGCUGAUGAAAGCAACGUAGUCACUUGUUUGGUAGGGUAUUUAAACUCUUUGAUUAUGUUGACGUUGUUGUACUAUGGUGAUGACCAUUUCAAUGCCAGUUUUGGUACGUUGUGUUCGGGAAAAUCCAAAGCGAAUAACGUGGUACCAGAGAACAUCGAAGCUAAGUAGUUGAGCUGGAAUUUGUUGCGUAGUUUAGAUUGUUUGAUUGUGCACCACAUUUAGCAAGCUAUCAUUUAUAAAAUGUAUCUACAGUCAUUUUGUGCUAUGUAUUUUAUACAAAUAAAGUACCUGUAACUUAGGGGUAAAUACAAAGUGGAUUCAUAAACCACAAAUACAGGAGUAUGUUAAAUUUGAAUAA